AUGACUUCCACUAUCCCAUCGACACUAUGGAAUAACAAGGAAAUUCUGAUUUUGAGUUUGGCUCAUAAUUUGUUGAAUGGGUCGCUGACACCAGAAAUUGGCAACAUGAAGAACAUAAUAGGGUUAUCUCUAUCAGGAUAUCGAUUCUCAGGUGAUAUUCCAAGCACUAUUGGGCAACUUCAGAAUUUGGAAAAUCUAACAUUAUCAAACAAUCAAUUACAUGGUCCUAUACCUGAAUCGUUGGGAAAUCUGAUUUCAUUGAAUAGAUUGGAUUUAUCAAAGAACAAACUCGAUGGUGUAAUCCCCAAGUCAAUGGAGAAACUCAAGUACCUCGAGUAUUUCAAUGUUUCAUUCAAUGAACUCACUGGUGAAAUUCCAAAUGGAGGGCCUUUUAAGAACUUCACGUCAGAUUUUUUCAUAGGCAAUAGAGAAUUGUGUGGAGCAUCUCAAUUUAAGGUCAAGCCAUGCAAAGAUAAUACAACUAGAAUAUCAAACAAAACUAGAGUUUUGAAGUAUAUUUUACCAUCAAUUGCCGUAGUAUUUAUUCUAGCCAUUACCGUGGUUUAUUUAAUAAGAUGUUAUAGUAGGAAUACACCUUUUCCAAUUCCAUCUACUUCCCCUAUGACCGUCAAGAGGGUUUCAUAUUAUGAAGUUCUAAAUGCUACCAAUAAAUUUGGUGAAGAGAAUCUGAUUGGCAAAGGCAGUAUUGCUUCAGUGUACAAGGGAAUAUUUUCAAACGGAAUGAUUGAUGCUAUUAAGGUUUUUAAUAUAGAUUUGGAAUAUACAAACCAAAGUUUUCAUACUGAGUGCCAAAUAAUUUGCAACAUUCGUCACAGAAAUCUUGUCAAAGCAAUUAGUAGUUGCUCUAACCUUGAUCUCAAAGCCUUAGUUCUGGAAUAUAUGCCUAAUGGAAACCUUACCAAAUGGCUUUCUUCAAGCAACUAUUUCCUAAAUUUAGCUCAAAGAUUGAAAAUAAUGAUAGAUGUGGCAUCUGCGCUAGAGUAUCUACAUCAUGGGUAUCCCUCUUCGAUUGUCCAUUGUGAUUUGAAGCCCAACAACAUACUUUUAGAUGAAGAUAUGGUUGCCCAUGUUGCUGACCUUGGCAUUGCUAAGCUUUUCACUAAAGACCAAAGAAUUUCAAUUACCAAGACGUUGGGCACCAUUGGAUAUAUGGCUCCAGAGUAUGGAUCAAAUGGAUUAGUAUCAGCUGAUAGAAACAUUUACCAAGAAGAAGCCAACAGAUGA